AUGACAACAACAAAAAUCGUUUUUACUAAUUCAACAAUUUCCUCUGUCAAUCCAAAUACGAAAUCUGAUGUUAAUAAUAAUAUCUCAGCAUCGAUAAAUAGUGAUGAUAAUUCUCAAUCAUCAACACCUAUUUCUUGGAAUUUAUUUUCAUCAAUUAAAAAUCAACAAGAUAAAACUCUUCUCAAUAAACGCAAUUUAAUGUUAAAAGAACAAAAUCUAUCUGAUUGCAUUGAUUGGACCAACAAUCAUCAAUUGAAUACAUCGUCUAUAGAACCCAUAACAAUUAAUAAUCAAUUGAAUGCAAUAAAUUUUCUUCAAGAACAUUUAGAAAAUGGUAAUAGCAAUGUUCUAAUUGAUCUACUUCACGAAAUAGCACACGAAAUAAAUAUUGAUCAAAAUAAAAAUCAAUAUUCAUAUUCAGCUAUAAACAAUAAUUAUCAUCAUUUGACACCGAUGUUUAAUUCAAAUCUUCAAUUAUCAAAUAAUAAAGAAAAAAAGAAUAAAAAAGAAAAGUCUUCUAAUAAAGAGAAAAAAAAUUCUGAUGAAAAUAAAGAUAAUGAAAUAAAAAAUAAAAACGAGAAAAAACAGAAAGAAAGAGAAGUUGAAGAUACAACAACCAUAACAACAACUGAUCCAGAUACUAUUACAGAUUCACCAGUUUUAAUGACUCCAAGACGUCUAAAUUUCAAUAAUCCAAAAUCUCCAUCUUAUUCGCCUGCAGAAACUUUUGAAUUUCAAACUCUGUCUGUACCAGUACCACAGUCUGUGGCGCAGCUGUCGCAAGUUCAACAUCAGCUACAGUCGAAUCCUCGAAAUUCAUUUGAAAACAAAACAACACAACUACAUAAUACAUCUGUACAACAACAAUUACAAUCACUAUCACAAAUGGCACAUGAUGGUGAUGAAAUUUUGAUAACGUUAACUGUAAAUGCAUUAAGUCAAAAACAGCACAUGAAUAAUAAUAGUAAUCAAUAUCAAUCGACUAUUCAAAAUAAUAAACCGUUUGUUUCUGAUGCUUUCCGAAAGAAACUAUUCGAUGUGAUAGUACUUGUUGUUUUCAGGUACUCUCCUUCACAAUCGUACCAUAAAAUGCCGUCUUCAUCAACAGGAAUUAUAAUGCCUCGUAAUCUUGAAAUAGUUGCAAAAGGUUUUGCACGCGUACAAAAUGAGCAUCCACAACCUCCAACAUCGAAUAUCUAUUUACAACCACCCAUAAUAAGUCAAUAUAGUCAAUCACCUCAAAAAUUUGUUCCCGCUCCUCCUCCUUUUGCUGCACCUCACUAUUCAAUACCAUGCCAUACAAAUCAUGGUCCUCCUCAGGCACCUAUUGGACCACCUAUUCAACCUAUGUUUGCUCCACCUAAUAUGAUGAUGUCUGGCGGAUUUGUUCGGCCAACAAAUUAUACUGAUGCUACACCUAAUACGCGAAAUGAUACUGGUGUUUUUCAUAAUCGAUCUCCUACGAACAAUGGCAAAUGUAAUUAUUUAUGUCAAUCAUCAUUGAAUCAACCAGAUUUUCGUGGACGACCACUUCCUGGCCUAACGAGCAAUCCAUACUUUUCAAAUUCACCACAACCACAGCCAAUGAAUUUCUCUUCUAAACGACCAUCGAAACAUCGAACAAAACAUAGAUCUAAUCAAAUCCAUACUAGAAAUUCUGAAAGUAUGAAUCGAACUUAUUCAUCGAUUUAUUAA